GGGCGCAGCCGGAUCAGCGGCGUCGCGCCACGCAGACGCGGAGUUCCGAGACCUAGACAAAGAAACCGCAAGAAAAAACUUGGGUACCACGAUGGUAGACGCGGGGAUCAGCGGCCGCCGCCUGACGCGGCUCCGCACGCUCGGCCGCGGCGCGUCUGGCGCCGUCGUGUCGCUCUUCGCGGCGGGGGACGAGCUCCUCGCUGUGAAGUCGGCGGGCGGGGCCGUGGGGGGCGAGCAGCUGCGGCGCGAGGGGGGGAUCAUGGCCUCGCUCUGCUCGCCGCACGUGCUCCCCUGCCUCGGGUUCCGCGCCGCAGCGGGAGGGGAGUACCAGCUGCUCCUCGAGUUCGCGCCCGGCGGCUCGCUGGCCGACGAGGUGGAAAGGAAUGGGGGCCACCUGGAGGAAGGCGCCAUACGGGCGUACGCGGCGGACGUGGCCAAGGGGAUCGCGUACCUCCAUGGGGAGUCCAUGGUGCACGGGGACGUCAAGGCGAGGAACGUGGCGAUCGGCGCCGACGGGCGGGCCAAGCUCGCGGACUUCGGGUGCGCGAGGCGCGUGGGCUCGAAAGGGCCGAUCGGCGGCACACCGGCAUUCAUGGCGCCGGAGGUGGUGCGCGGGGAGGAGCAGGGACCGGAGGCCGACGUCUGGGCGCUGGGAUGCACCGUCAUCGAGAUGGCCACAGGCCGCGCCCCGUGGAGCGACAUGGACGACGUCGUCGCGGCGGUGCGCCUGAUCGGGUACACGGACGCCACGCCGGAGGCGCCGGAGUGGCUGUCGGCGGAGGCGAAGGACUUCUUGGGCAAGUGCCUACGGCGAAACACCAGUGAGCGGUGGACGGUGGCGCAGCUGCUGGAGCACCCGUUCUUGGCAUCAGCCGGCUGCGGCGUCAAGGCAGAGGAUUUGAAGGCCAAGUGGGUAUCUCCCAAGAGCACGCUGGAUGCCGCAUUGUGGGAGUUGGACGCCGACGACGAGGAUGAGGAGCUGCCAGAGAGCGCGGCUGACAGAAUCAGGGCAUUGGCAGGCCCCUUCUCGGCCUUGCCGGACUGGGAAUCCGACGAUGGUUGGAUCGAAGUGUGCAGCCGUCACUCUGAACUUCCUGACGCAGCGGCCGCCUGCCAAGAAGUGAAAUUUCCGACGCACCGUGAAAUUUUCGACGCGGCGGCGGCGAUGUCGUCCGAGCAGAUGCACAAUGAAGUCCCCGUUGUGCCGGUGGCUUUACCGGCUGCGGAGACGACGUUCCAUGGAGAUUUUUGGGGUGCAGAAUCGGAAGCAGAGGUGGAGGCUGAGCUUUUUGGCGCUGACUUGGAUGCGGGCGAUGAUCCUGUGCACAAUGUAGGAGCUGCCGAUGCCUAUGCGCAUCAGCAACACAAAGAUAUUUAUGCGAAUCUCACUAGUGAUCCAAUUGUACUUCAUCUCGAUAUUUCUGAUGAAGAAAUAGUAAAAACUCAUUGUCAUGGUCAAAUCGCCUUUCAUUCCCUUCCACCUCCUCUGUUCGUCCUUUAGCUUUUCUUUUUUUACUGACUCCCACUGACAAACUUAGGCACCAUUGAAUACAGGAAUUUUUCUUGAA